UGUCCUAAAGGAUUCGCCGUACAUUGUCUGCUGGAGCUUGACCGCUACACGAAAAGCGACGACAGGAGCUUCAUCAAUAACAAUAAUAACAAUUAAAAGAACGAAUCUGUAUUCUUGUAUUACAUCUAAAACUCAAAAGCCUCAACGCAGGACACCCAUUGAUACUUUUGGGACUAUCACAUCACUCGUUCAAGCAUCUGGGCCUCACUUGGCCGAUUUAGCUUAGUGUGGUAGUCGCUAGCAAAGAGUCGCGUUUCGUCGCUUAGCAGGGAUCAGCUGUGAGCGUUAAGUGUCGUAACUGUCGUGUGAAAAUGUGUGCAAGAAACAUGGUCGAAUACGAGGAGGAACUUUGUGGUGCAAAAGACGACAACGACUCUGUUUUCAGGAAGACUCGAGUUGGCUCACGCCAAGCAGACAUCAAUGAAGAUGUUCAGGCUGAGUGGCAGGAGCCAGAGCCAUCUCAAAUUAAAGAAGAGGCGUGUGAAGAGGUCCCCCAAUUCAAAGAGGAAGAGAAGCAGCAGCCCUCUUGUUUCCAAAACAAGAAGGAGCCAGAGAGUCCUUGCAGGAAAGAGGUGCGACUAGAGCUCCCCGACAUCAAAGAGGAGGAGGAGGAUAGAUGGAAAUCGUGCAGAGAGGUGGAGCCUCCAAGCAGCAGCUCAUGGGAACACAUUACAACCAAAGGUGAUGGAAGAUGUCAAGCAGAUGGCCUCUUAGCUCCACUAUCAGACUGUGACGACGUGUUGUCACAUGCUCAUCACACUGAUGAUGAUGAACAGUCUGAAGGUAAUUUGGCAGGCCACACUGACAACAAAUGCUGGAAAUGCUCUCAGUGUGGGAAUGCUUUUACUUACAAGAGCCGUUUGAAGCAGCACAUGAGAAUACACACUGGAGAGAAACCUUUUGCGUGCUCAGAUUGUGGCCAAAGAUUCUCUCAUAGGGGAAGCUUGACAAGGCACACACGGGUCCACAAUGGUGAGAAACCCUUUGCCUGCUCCGUUUGUAGUCAAAGAUUUUCUCAUAACAGAAAUUUAAAAAUCCAUACAAGAAUCCACACCGGCGAGAAACCUUUCUCCUGUUCAGUCUGUGGUCAAAGCUUCUCUCAAAAGACAAACUUAAAAAUACACACAAGAACCCACACUGGAGAGAAACCUUUUGCCUGUCUAGUUUGUGGCCAAAGAUUCUCUCUCAAGACAAGCUUAAAAAUACACACGAGAACACACACUGGCGAGAAACCUUUUGCCUGCACAGACUGUGGCCAAAGUUUCUCUCAGAAGGGAAGCUUAAAUCAUCACACUCUAACCCACACUGGUGAGAAACCUUUUAUCUGCUCAGUUUGUGGCCAAAGAUUCUCUCGGAAGACAUACUUAAAAAUACACACGAGAACACACACUGGUGAGAAACCAUUUGCCGGUUCCAUUUGUGGUCAGAUUAUCUCGUGAGACAAUCUAAAAAUACUGUACACACAAGAAUCCACACUGGUGAGAAACCCUUUGCCUGCUAAGUUUAUGGCCAAAGAUUCUCUCCGAAGGAAAUAGAGUCAAGAGACUCAAGUGUGCUGGUGAGCAGAAGACUGAAAUAAAAUUUACGUGUUGAACAUCUUAAGUAUUUACUGUGAUGUUUCGUUACAAAAACCUAUUUUUAAAUCCUAUGUAGCGUCGUUUAUGUUAAUUUCUUGAGUCUGAGCUUUUAAGACUCCUGGGGGUCAAGUGUUAAGAAUUACUAAUAGCGCUAAGGUACUUCAAGCAACGCAUAAACUUUGCACAAUGUUUUAGUGAUGUCUGUAUUAAGUUAAUGACUGAGCACACUGUGGAGAAACUUUGACUUUUAUUGUGAAGGUGGGGGAAUAUAAAUGUGAUUCUGAAUAAAUUAUAAAUCAUCAAA